AUGCCGAGCACGAAGGACAAGAUCAUGAUCGGCGGCCUCGUAGUGGGCGGCGUGGUCGCUCUCGGCUUCGCAGCGUGGCCUGCCGCUAUCUGGAUGGCGGUCCGCAACCUCGAGAAGCCCAAGUACGACGUUAAGAAGAUUCUCGACAAGAGGAGACUUCUGGUGCAGGGAAUGUACAAGUCCGAACUGCGCGAGUACGCGCCGUACAUCAUCGCUGAAGUCGAGAUCCCUGCCGACGACCCCAAGGCGAGGGAGGAGGGCAUGAAGGGAGCGCUGUCGCAGGGCUUCCGAAAGGUCGCGAAUUACAUCUUCGGCGGCAACGUCCCGCACGCCCCUGACGCGGACGGCAAGGAGAAGAUCGCGAUGACGACGCCCGUGCGCCUCGAGACUACUGCGGCGCCAGCGAAGGACGGCGACAAGAUCGCGAUGACGGCGCCCGUGCGCGCGGAGCCCAUGGAGGGCGGGUCCUACAAGGUGUCGUUCACCAUGCCCAGCAAGUACUCGCACGAGACGCUGCCGGCGCCCAAGGACGACGCCGUGAAGCUGCGCACGGUGCCGCCGAUGACCGUCGCGUCGAUCGCGUUCUCGGGGGCGUCGCCGCGCGAGGAGAAGAUGAGUCAGGUAGAAGCGGAGCUUCGGGACAUCAUGGCGCGGAACGGAGUCAGGGCCAAGGUCGGCGCGCAGCCGAUGCUGUACCAGUACCACCCGCCUUUCUCGCCCGGGUGGAUGCGGCUCAACGAGGUGCUGCUGGAGGUGGAGUAA